AUGAGUAUGUUCUCAAAGUUACCGUGGAACUCAGGCGGCGGCGAGCAACAACAGCAACAUGAAGAAGAGCAAUCCCUCACAUCAGUGCUGCCCACGCCGCAAGCACGCAGCGAUCUCACCUUGCUGGUCGCCAAUUGUACCGAGACAAUGAGAAAGGGCAUUACCGACACCUUCGACCCGAACCAGACUGGAAAGAUCGAGGAUAUGAUGUCCGAACUCAAGAUGGACGGGAAGGCAGAACAAGCCGCUGAAACCGACGACUCGACAUCCGCCGCACCAGAAUCGACCGAGAAGACCGAGGAAGAGAAGAAACAAGCAGAAGAGAAGGCGAAGAAAGAGCAGGCUGUAAGAGAAAAGGAACUCAGUGGACCCAAAAUGCAAGAAUUGCAGAGGGCAGCACUACACCACUUCGAUGACUGGCGUGAGGCUGUCUUGCUUCGUAUUGGCGAGGUAGUCAAUCAGCGCGAAGAAGCCGUGUCUCAGAAGAAGGAAGCACAUGCACAGACACCUCGAGUACCCUCGAAGAAGGCUCCCGAGCCGUCCCAGUACGAUGAAGGUGUGAGCAGGGCAUUGAAGGAGCUAUGUCCACCUACGGAAACCCCUCUGGCCAAGCUGGAAGAACAGCACAGAGCUUUGAUUUUGCAUUCAGUCUUGCUGCUGUUGCUGAGUCUGGAACAUUACUCCGCUCACUCACGUGUACUUCUCCUACAUCUCACCAGCAGCUUGAACCUGUCCAUAGGCUUCCUAGCUGAUGAUGAAAGCAAGAUUGCCCGUGGUCUCUUAUCUGCUGCUGAGAUGAAGGCGGAUGAUGAAACCAAGAAAAAGGCAGAUGACAACCAGAGUUCGAGGAAGUGGAAAGUUGGUCUGGCUUCUGUGGCUGGUGCUGCUCUCAUUGGCGUCACUGGUGGUCUGGCAGCACCUCUAGUCGCCGCUGGUAUUGGAUCUGUCAUGGGUGGUCUCGGUCUUGGAGCAACUGCUGCAGCCGGCUAUCUCGGUACUCUCGCUAGCAGCUCUGUCAUUGUUGGUGGACUCUUUGGUGCGUAUGGAGGCCGAAUGACUGGCCAGAUGAUGGACCAAUAUGCCAAAGAGGUCGAGGACUUCUCCUUCGUCCCUGUUCGUACCUAUCACAAGCCUCGCAAGAUCGACAAAGAAUACCGCCGUCUCCGUGUCGCUAUCGGUAUCUCUGGCUGGCUUACAGAGAAAGAUGAGGUUGUUGAACCGUGGAAAGUCAUUGGACCUGAGAUGGAAGCUUUCGCCCUCCGUUUCGAACUACAGGCCCUACUCAAUCUCGGAAACUCUUUGACUACAAUGAUUCGCUCGGCAGCAUGGGGAUACGCAAAGAGUGAAAUCAUCAAACGCACUGUAUUUGCUUCUCUGACCGCAGCUCUCUGGCCUCUUGGUCUGCUCAAAGUCAGCAGAAUCAUCGAUAACCCUUUCAGCGUAGCCAAAGCUCGUGCCGACAAAGCAGGAGAAGUUCUUGCUGAUGCUCUCAUUAACCGAGCUCAAGGCGAACGUCCUGUAACUCUGAUUGGCUACUCUCUCGGCGCUCGUGUGAUUUUCACCUGCCUGAAGUCCCUUGCCGCCAGAAAAGCAUUCGGUCUUGUCGAGAAUGUUGUGCUACUUGGUGCUCCUACCCCUUCAACAGCAGCGGACUGGCGUCUUAUCCGUGCAGUAACCACAGGCCGCGUCGUGAACGUCUACUCAACCUCUGACUACAUCCUUGGAUUCCUCUACCGCAGCUCAAGCAUUCAAUAUGGAGUUGCAGGUCUCGAGCCUGUCUCGUUUGUCUCGGGCGUUCAAAAUGUUGACGUCACUGACCUUAUUGCUGGAAGCCAUACUGCUUACCGCUACCUUUGUGGUCGCAUCCUUCGUAAGAUCGGAUUCGAAGACGUUGAUCUCGCUGCUGUUGAAGCGGAAGAGGAAGCACUUAGAAAGGCCACUGCUUCUGAGGAACAAGAGCGCAAAGCCAAUGAAGCCAACACCAAAGAAGGUGCAACUGAAGCAGAAGUCAAGGAGAUGGAGGGCAAAGUGCAACAAAAGAAUGAAGCAUCCAUGAUGGAUUGGGCGAGCGAGAAGUUCAAGGCUGGUGGCGCUUCAGCAUCUAGUGCAGCUAACCAGGCCAAGAACUGGGUCCAGAGGACUGCUAGUCCCAAGACUGGCGAUCAGAGUGCCAGCAAGGAUGUUGGUGGUGCUGCUGGUGCUGUCGGUGGGAGUUUGAUUUGA